AUGAAGGUGAAAAAUAAGCAGCCUGGCAAGCCUUUAAAGGUUGAAGGAGAUUUCAUUAGCAUUGAUUUAGUCUGCCAGGAUUCUUUUGCAGUAAUAAUCAAGACGCCUCGAACUUAUGUUCGGAAAGAUGUGAGGGCGUUAUGGUCCGAAGAAGAUCUUCGCAAUGCUAUUGAGGACCUUAGAAAUGGUAGAGGAUCAGUUCGCCAAAUUAGUCGUGUAUACAAUGUUCCUGCCCGUACUUUAAUGAGGAGGAUGAGAUCUGGAAACCUCAGGAAAGAAAAAUUAGGCCGCAAAACUUGUUUAACUACAGUUCAUGAAGCGAGUUUAGUAAACUAUAUUCAAAACAUGGAAAAACAUGGGUUUGCACUAACAUCGAUUGAUGUGAAGAAGCUUGCAUUUUCAUUUGCAGUUCAAAAUAAUAUUCCUAACAACUUUAAUAUUGAUAAAAAGCAAGCUGGCCAUGACUGGUUUGUUUCAUUCAUGCAGAGACAUCAAGAAUUGUCAAUCCGAAAAGCUCAAGGAAUGUCUAUAGCUCGAGCUCAAGGCAUGAAUAAAGAGGAAUGCGGACGAUACUUUGAUCUUUUGGGAAAAGUAUUAACAGAAAAUGAUUUAAUAAACACUCCGAGAAAAAUAUUUAAUAUUGAUGAGUCUGGGCUGCAACUAAGCAAUAACCCAGAUCAUGCUUUUAUUCAGCAAAAUCCUGAUCCAGUUCCCAAUAACGAUAAUUUAGAAAAAAACGUUAAUGAUGUCUUUCCUGAUGAUGCCGACAAUAAUAAAACUGAUGAUCCUAACAACGGCGUCAAUAUUAUUGAUGAUGUUGCAGUAAUCUCCAAGACUAACAAUCCAUCAUUUGAAGCGAUUGCGCCUAUUCCAGUCAUGCCUGGGCCAAGUGACGAAUCUUGGAUCUAUGCGUAUGAGCCGGAAAAGAAACAGCAGUCGACUGUACAGGUAUAUCUGUCUUUGAAACAAAUGGCCACAUGUUUUUCUCGGAAAAACUGGCCAUGUGGCAACAGUGUCUCUAGAGGAACGUAG